AUGGCGUCGCAUUCUCACCAGAUGCAUCCCAACAUGCAGCCAACCUCGCCAGAUAUGGAUUCCUCAGCCUGGUCCGGGCAAGACUAUGCCUCCGGCUCAAAUUAUCACAAUGGUGCGAACAAUGACCUGGCUAACCCUCCGCUUAUGAGUAUGGGAUACUUGAAAGGGUUUGGCGGCGUGCAGAAGAAGAUCACCAGAGAUGGACAGCCUGCCAAACGCAGGGGACCAAAACCCGACAGCAAACCAGCUCAGACACGGAGGCAAGAGCUGAAUCGCCAAGCUCAACGAACCCACCGAGAACGAAAAGAAAAUUACAUCAAGGCUCUCGAGCUGGAAUUGGCACGGUUGAGAGAAUCUUAUGUACUUGAAGCGAAUGGUCGUGAGGCAACAAUCCAACAACAGAAGCUAAUACUCGAGAAUCAGCAACGCGAGAUCUUAGCAUUGAGAGAAAUCUUAGCAUCCAGAGGCAUUCAAUUCGAAACGGAGCUAGAAGGACGUAAGGCAGUCAUUGGUAUGCGACCAAAGCGAGAAGAUGCUUCUAUGACUCCACCUUCCAUGGCCACACUGAGCCCACCAUCAAUUGGUGCGCGAUCGCUUGGUUAUCAUUCAGUAGGGGCAGGAGCCAGUUCUGCAACAACAGGAUAUUCACCACAAACAUAUCUCAAUGGCGGAGCGACAAGUCUCUCUGGACACUCACCUGGUGCGACGCAUUACAGUAGCCAUUCUCCAUCAGGGCCAGAUAUCCAAGAAUAUGGAAUCAAGCAAGAACCAGGCGUUGUUCCAGAUCUCCCUGGUAUAUUUGAAAAGGAGCCUCAGCUUGGAAUUGACUUCAUAUUAAAGUUGGAGCAGACUUGUCGAGACCACGAAGAAUACCUCGUCCGCAGAUCAGUUGACUCACCUGACGACCCAGAGGAGGCUUUGUUCUCUGGUCAUGCAUUGAUGGCCUCAUGUCCACCACCCACCCAUAUUGAGCGCGUUCCAGCAAAGGAAGGGGGCUUGAUACCAACAUAUGAACACAAAGUGCCCGACACAGAAUCUGUCCAGAUCCUGAACAAUUUGUUGAACUUGAGUCAAACAUUACGAGGCAGCGCCAUUCCAAGUGGACAGGUCACUCCUAUUAUGGCUCUUCAAUCACUCAAGGGACAUCGAAACUAUGGUACAUUGACCCGAGAAGACGUUGUUGGAAUGAUCGAUUCGAUCAAGAGCAAGGUUCGUUGUUACGGUUUCGGUGCAGUCAUGGAAGAUUUUGAGCUUCGGGAUGCUCUGUCUAGCAUAUUUGCCACCAAACCCGAAACCUACGAUCAAUUCGGAGAUCUCGAGGACGAGAUAGAUGAGAUGUACUCGUGA